AUGCCGCGCUCCCCCGCGCUGAAGGCUGCAGGCAGAGAGGUUGCCUGUUGCCCCAGCGAUGGGAAGGAGGGUGCCCGGGGAGCGCAACGCCGGCCGUCCCUGGGCUGCCGCUGCCAGGCCAGCAGAUCUCGGGAGCAGGCGCCUAACGUCUCAUGUAUCUACUGCUCUUUUCCUUUAGGUUAUGAUGCCCUGAGUUAUUCUGAGGAAAGUAAUGACAAAUGGAGUGGGAGACAGCUACUGCAAGCAAAUGAGGAGAACACGACUGACGUCCCAGAGGAUGGGGGGCAGCCGUACGUCAGAAAUUGCACUGAACCAGCUCUCCAUGAAUUCCCCAAUGACAUCUUCACGAAUGAGGACAGGAGACAUGGAGCUGUGGUCCUGCACGUCCUUUGUGCCGUGUAUAUGUUUUAUGCUUUGGCAAUUGUCUGCGAUGAUUUCUUUGUCCCUUCGUUGGAAAAAAUUUGCGAACGCUUGCAUCUUAGCGAAGAUGUGGCUGGGGCAACUUUCAUGGCAGCGGGAAGCUCUGCUCCUGAGUUGUUUACAUCUGUCAUAGGUGUUUUUAUCACAAAAGGAGACGUAGGCGUUGGAACCAUCGUAGGCUCGGCUGUAUUUAACAUUCUCUGUAUUAUUGGCGUGUGUGGGCUUUUUGCAGGACAGGUCGUUGCACUGUCGUCGUGGAGUCUCUUGAGAGAUUCAAUCUACUAUACACUGUCUGUUGUUGCACUCAUUGUGUUUAUUUAUGACGAAAAAGUUUCCUGGUGGGAGUCCUUAGUCUUAGUGCUGAUGUAUGUCAUCUACAUUGUUAUCAUGAAGUACAACUCAACCAUACAUCACUGCUUUGAAAGGAAGACAAAAAACACCGCCAAUAUGGUGAACGGUUUAGCAAAUAGCACGGAAAUGGACGAUAACAGCAACUGCGAUGCCACAGUGGUAUUACUAAAGAAAGGAAAUUUCCACCGUAAAGCCUCGGUGAUCAUGGUGGAUGAGCUGCUGUCUGCAUACCCACACCAGCUUUCAUUUUCUGAGGCUGGGCUCCGGAUCAUGAUAACCAGCCACUUCCCUCCCAAAACACGUCUCUCCAUGGCCAGCCGCAUGUUAAUCAAUGAGAGACAAAGGCUGAUCAACAGCCGGACUUACACCAAUGGGGAGUCAGAAGUAGCAAUCAAAAUACCAAUCAAGCACGUGGUUGAGAAUGGAACGGGCCCCAGCAACUCCGCCGAGCGGGGCGUCAACGGCACACGGCGGGACGAGGACAUGGCUGAGGCUGGGAACGAGACGGAGAACGAGAAUGAGGAUAAUGAGAACAAUGAAAACGAUGAGGAAGAGGAAGAAGAUGAUGACGACGAUGACCACGAAGGGCCAUACACACCUUUUGACUUACCCACUGGCAAGAUAGAAAUCUUGAAGUGGCUCUUCACAUGGCCAUUGAGUUUUGUUCUGUACUUCACAGUGCCCAACUGUAACAAACCGCACUUGGAAAAAUGGUUCAUGGUUACCUUUGCUUCUUCUACCCUCUGGAUUGCAGCUUUCUCCUACAUGAUGGUGUGGAUGGUGACAAUCAUUGGCUACACACUGGGAAUUCCAGAUGUGAUCAUGGGCAUCACUUUCUUGGCAGCUGGAACCAGUGUGCCGGACUGCAUGGCAAGCCUUAUCGUAGCAAGGCAAGGUAUGGGGGAUAUGGCUGUGUCCAACUCUAUCGGAAGCAACGUUUUUGAUAUUUUAAUUGGCCUAGGCCUCCCGUGGGCUUUGCAGACUCUAGCAGUGAAUUAUGGAUCAUACAUUCGGUUAAACAGCAGAGGACUUAUCUAUUCUGUUGGUCUCCUGCUGGCAUCUGUUUUUGUCACAGUUUUUGGCGUCCACAUGAACAAAUGGAAACUGGAUAAGAAGCUAGGGUGUGUGUGCCUUUCCCUUUACGGCAUCUUCCUGUGUUUCUCCAUCAUGACAGAAUUCAAUGUUUUCACUUUUGUGAACUUGCCAAUGUGCAGAGAUCACUAA